GUGUGGAAUGGCCACUCGCAUGCAAAAUCGACGCGUGCACAUUUAAAACGAAACGAGUGUGGAGCGAAUUGUUGUGGACAGUGCGAUAUACGUUUCAUUCCCAGAACGUUCCGAUAAUCACAUGUUUAUAUAUCCUGCUGAAACAACCGUCAAACUUAUUCAUUAAGCGGGCACAUUAUAGUGCCACUCUGAUUGAUUAAUUACCAUAAAAUUGCUAUACACCCACUUUAAGCAUAACAUUUUGUGGCCUACUGCCUUUUUAUUGCUUUUCACAUGCACCUUCGUAUUACCAGUCUCGGAGACUCGCAGUGAACGGGAUGAGCCGAUUCGUCUGUCCAUUCAUUCUGAUGGCGCAAACUCUGCUCAGAGUAUCUCACGUUGCUUCUCUCAGUCUGUCGUUGUCUGCCAGGCGGUUAACAUCGGAUUUCGGUAGCGAACUUUCGAAUUGUUUUUGUUCGCACAUUUUCACGAAUGUUGUUAUGCUGUCGAUAGUCUUUUUGGUGGUGAUUGUUUUUUUUUUGCAACAAGAACCAAUUCGUGGAAUGAAAACAGCUUUCUUUGAAUAGCUGUUCACGUAGUGUAUUGUGUGGCAUUUAAAAAGUGGAAACGAAAUGAUCAAAUCGAAAAGGAGUGAGAAGGAAGAAAAACGGAGAAUCAUAGGAAAAGUUCAAAUUAAAUCUUACAAGAUCAAAUGACCACCGCAGGAAGAAAGAAGUGCGUGUGAAAUGAGAGAAAAAAAAUCGUAAUUAAGAAACCCGAAAUUUGUUAAAGAAUGAUUGUUUUAUAUCAUUCACACGAUGCGUUCAUGCAACACCGAUAAGUUGAUCGACGUUUGAGUAUUCGACUCGACGGGUAAGAAGAAAAGAGUCUUGUAACUAGAAAACAGCAAGAAUAAAAUGUACACUGUCUGAUGACUGGGAUCAAGAAAAAAGAGAAGGAAGGGAUCGGCUUAAAAAAGAGUGUUAUUUGAGAAGCAUGGAAGAAUGAUUUUUCUUCCGAUAAAAUAAAUGCUAUUGCUUGGUGAAGUGGAGUAAAUUUCAAUGUGUUGCAACAGGAUUGCGGAGCAAGUGUUCUAUCAUGACAUCAUCAAUAGGCGUUACGAAAAUUCUCACAUUUUAUUUCAUACUCUUGUAUUUAUUUUUGAAAGUGAAAAUGUGUGUCGGCUUGGUCCAUGCUGGUAAAAGCAUUAGUGACAGUGACAUUAAUUAUUACGACAAUGAUGAGUCAUUCCAACCCGAUCAGACUACAGUGUCAACUGUUCUAGAGUCUGUGCCAACUUCUGCCGGUCUCGUGAAUUACAGUGCAAAAAAUAAUCACCACCAACACGCUGGCAUGAUGCCGAGAGCUCACCACGUGCGCCACGAGCAUCAUUAUAUGAAAAACCGACACGUCGUUGAUGCGGGCCAAUCGCUACGCGCGUACAAGAACAACUUCGAAACGAUGGAUUCUAGAAUAGACAAUCAUCGAUCACAUCAUCACCACAAAAGAAUGCAUCACCACGUCCGCAAACACAUUUUCAGACCGCAAUACCACGGCAGAAGUCGGCAAAAUGUGAACCCGCUGGAAAGUUCAUCUUUCUUGGUGUCCCCACUGUCGCCAGAACUAAAACGAACAAGGCUCAACCGCAGUGGCACGAGCAUCACUACCAGCAACAUUAAUCAAAAUACGGUGCGCGGUGGUCGCUGGUCAUCUGGUCUGCAAAAAUUUCCUUCGGUGACGUCUUCAGGAACACACUCAGCAAGAAGUAUUAAGAGCCAUAAUAGUUUAAAUAGCCAUACGAAGUCUAGCGCUAGUGCUUAUAGUAAAACCUACUUCGAAAAAUUGCUGAACAGUUAUAAAUCUCAUUCGCCUUAUUACAAAGAUCAGCAGAAAGAUUCGAGCAAACUCAUUAAAUCCUUACCAAACACGAACAGAACAUGCAACAGUAGAACUUGUAAACAGACACAGGCGAGGGCGGAAAGCAGCGAUGAGUACGAAUACGAAGACGACGAUGCCGAUGAAGAUGAUUAUGAUAGCUCGGAAACCCAAGGUGACGCGGGAUACAGCACAACACUUAGCCCGGCUCUGCCGCAGGUUGAGCCCACGAAAAACUCUAGGAGUUAUCAACACAAAAAACUCAACAGUGGAAGCAACAAGAAUGACAACGACUUGCACCAUGAUGAUGCGAUCAAGGGUACAUCUAUAUUCAAUGGUCACCGAAGGGACGAUAUGAUUGAAUCAGUCACUGAAGGCAGAAAAGCCCAAAAAGAGUCAUACGGAAUUGCAUCUCGAUUAGCUAGCUCGCAUGCUGUAAAAAUUAGACGUGAGGGUUCUUGCUCAACUCCGAAACCAAAAAUGAUUCUCGCCUCUGAUGAUCCCACAAAACAGUACACUCCACAUUGUACGAUACUCCACCGAUGCGGUGAUGAUGUAGGGUGCUGUUUACCAACACAAACUUGUGCUCCAUCGAAAAAUUCCACAGUUGAACUUUAUUUUUUCGUUCAAACCAUCGGCUCGAAGCCAUCAAUCGAGAGGCUAAGAUUUGUAAAUCACACGGAAUGUGCGUGUACCAAUCGAAAUGAUUCACCUCAUCGGAGGACGCCUGCUACAUCAUCUCAAUCACCAAUAAUGCUGACACCGACCUGCACUUGUCCUUCAUUAUUUCAGCGCGUAAUUGACAAUAACAAUCGUUGCUUUUGUGAUUGUUCAUCCAGUGAUGCGCAGUGUGAUCAGUUCAAACGUGGAUUCGAACAUUUCUCCAUGGAGAACAGAAGGUGUAUCAAAGACGGACGUUGUGAGGAGCCGGUCUGCGAGUAUGGACACUACAAUAAAGCGAAGGGCAAAUGUCCCACAAGAGAUGAUAAAUUGGCUAUUGCCUUCAAAGGUUAAGUAGAAAUAUCAUCCAAAGUAAUGUUUAGUUACCACUAUACAUGGAACUGAUCGCGAAAAAACUAAACGAAACCAUCAUUAGAAGUUAUUGUUAUUCGCCUCUUCUAUUUAUGAUUCGCAACAGACUUUAUGUGUCUCUCAAAAGAGAAGAAGAUCUUGUAAAUAUAUCAUAAACAUUCGUUGUAUUUAUUAGCAUAAUUGUCUCACCAUAAACUAAUGUAAAUAUUAUAAUUAAAUGAACUAUAUAAUGUUGCCAUAAAAACGCACCUAUCUUAUCAUAUAACAUAAAGUCUUAUAGCUGUAAAAUUAUAUGCUAGUCAAUUAAGACGAAUAGUAUUAUAAAUUUAGCAAGAUUAUUUUUGGUAAAUUUGUCCAAGAUCUAGAGAAGGACCACCCAAAUAGUUAUUUUGUACGAUAGAGAGGUUGUCUUUUUCAAACUAUUCAUUAUCUUGAUUAUAUAAGAAUAUUUUAAAUAAAUUUAUA